UGUAAUUUACUCUUACCAUCCGCCGGCCGGUGCCUCGGAGAGUAGUCUUAUGUAGUAUUGCCACCACCUCUUUGCAAAAAUUAAGGGAGGAAAGAUGUUGGCAGUGAAGAGCUUAAAGAAGGCAGUGGUUCCUCAAUCCCUCUUCGACCAUCCGUCUCCUGCCAAUCUCCAGUCCACUCGUCUUGCCCUCCAUGUUGAUGGAGAUGAUUCUUCUUGCUGGGUCUACCUUGCUUCUGGUUCCCGCAUUUACAAACUCCUGAUUUCAAUGGAAGAUUCUUUGGUUGGUCGAGGAAAAGAGAGUCUCCUUAUCCCUGAACAAACUCAGGUUCUGGACUCAGCAUUGGUGAAACGCUGCCCUCAUCGAUCUGAAAUUCAGAGUUUAGUGCUUGUUGAAACUGAAAGCUUGGGUCGCUCGAUAUUGGGAAGCGUGGACUCUUAUGGUCAUCUUAUUGUUUCUCAAUUGGAUUCUAGUGGUGCAGAUGUUGAUGGGCUUAGUUUUUCGGUAUCUCCUCGAGAUUAUGGUGUUGGAGAAGGAAGUUGGACGGGACUUUGCUUUAAUCCAAAUCAAUGGUUCAUGGCAGCUGUGGCACGCAGCUUCUGUAAAAGUAUAGAUGUUUACGACCAAGAUAUUCAUCUCCAGACUUUACGUUCAUUAUGGUAUCCAACUUCACUGAAUUUUAUGCAGAAUAUUAGUGGAAGUGAUAGUUCUAUAUUAGCUGUAACAGAAGGUUCCCAGUUAAGUAUAUGGGACUUGCGAAUGAAAGAAAAUGGUGGCUGUGUACAUAGAAUAUGCGGAUCUGUUGGGGAUAUCUUAUAUGCAGUCUGUAAUUCUUCAUGUGGUAAUAUUGCAGCUGGUGGAGCUGAUCGCACUGUGACUGUUUAUGAUCCUCGCAGAUGGGCAGCAUUGUCUAGAUGGCUGAACUGCUCAAAGUAUGAGAUAACUGGACUUGCUUUUUCAUCACUUGAUCCUGACUACAUUUAUGUGCAAGGAGUAGAUUAUGAGGUUCUAUGUGGACAAUGGAAACAAAGCAAGAAGGCAUUUUCGUUUAGAGGAGAUUCAAACUGGCUUGGAUUUAGUAAGUGUUCCAAUAGAGAUGUUGUGGGGGGAUGGUGUGAUUCAGGUAGCGUAUUUAUUGCUGACGUGUCACGAGGUAAUGGAAUUGGCUCGUAGAAAGUCAUCUCUAGAGGAAUAUCAUGUUAGAUGCUCCAGCCAUCCUUUCGUCUGGUCAGAUUGCAUGUCGUGUUCGGGAUUUCUCCUGAAGUUUGUAAAUCUGUAAGCUACCAAAACUUUGCUUUUUCCUCACAUGUUGAACAUUAUUUUUGAGAUUUUGCCUAAAAAAGAUCUUUUUGCUUCAAAAGUUCCUACUAUUUUCAUGCUUGUGAUUAAUGUUACUCAUCUGGUGUUUGGUUAUAGAACAAUUACUUCUAUAUGCAUAAAUCUAUGUCUUUAG